UUUUACAGCUGCUAUAACAGAGGGAACUUGAGAAAGUGGGUUAAGACUGCUCUGCUCUCGGGAGAACCCUACCUGCUGCAUCUACAGGACACAGGCAGUCACAAUGGAGCAGCACUGUGGUCUAAUCACUGGCAACAAGAAACCCGUGCCACUGAAGGGAAUCUCGGUAACCUUGUCCAUCAAUGACUUUGUGGCUAGUGUCUCUGCAACCUUAAAUUAUGAGAAUAAGGAGAAAGUCCCCUUGGAGGCAAUCUUUGUGUUCCCAAUGGAUGAAGACUCUGCUGUCUACAGCUUUGAAGCCUUGGUGGAUGGGAAGAAAAUUGUGGCCGAAUUGCAGGAAAAGAUGCAGGCCCAUAGCAACUAUGAGGAUGCCCUCUCUCAGGGCCACCAAGCUUACUUAUUGGAAGAGGACGACUACACCAGGGAUGUCUUUUCUUGCAAUGUGGGGAACCUCCAGCCUGGGGCCAAGGUGGCAGUGACCCUGAGGUAUGUGCAGGAGCUGCCUCUGGAGACAGAUGGGGCCCUGCGCUAUGUGCUCCCAGCAAUCCUGAAUCCAAGAUACCAGCUCUCUGAACAGUCAGCGAAGAGUUGCUUGAAUAUAAAGACUCCCAUAGUCCCUUUGGAGGACCUGCCCUACACGCUCAGCAUGGUCGCCACCAUCACUUCCCAGCACGGCAUUGAGAGGGUCCAGUCCAACUGCUCCUUGAGUCCUAUGCAGUACCUGGCUGAUGACAAGACGUCUGCUCAGGUUUUCUUGGCUGAAGGACACAAGUUUGACCGGGAUGUGGAACUUCUGAUUUACUACAAUGAAGUGCACAGCCCCAGUGUGGCUGUGGAGAUGGGGAUGCAGGACAUGAAGCCAGACAGUUUGAUGGGAGCUCCUUCUGUAAUGGUGAGCUUCUAUCCAGAUAUCCCAGAAGUGGAGCCCUCAAAGGCCUGUGGAGAAUUUGUGUUCCUGAUGGACUGCUCAGGAAGUAUGAAAUGUCCCAUGAACAACCAGAACAAUUCUCAGCGACGCAUAGAGGCUGCCAAGGAAACUCUGCUGCUGGUGCUGAAGAGUUUGCCUAUGGGUUGUUAUUUUAACAUCUAUGGAUUUGGAUCUUCCUAUAAAAAAUGCUUUCCGGAGAGUGUGAAGUACACUCAGGAAACGAUGGAGGAGGCAGUGAAAAGAGUGAAGGAUUUAGAAGCAGACCUAGGAGGCACUGAAAUCUUGAGGCCACUCUGCGAUAUUUACAAAGCUCCCUCCAUUCCUGGACAUCCCUUACAGCUCUUUGUCUUCACAGAUGGAGAAGUUAGUGACACAUUUAGUGUCAUUAAAAAAGUUCAGUCAAACAGCAAGAAGCACAGAUGUUUCUCUUUUGGUAUUGGAGAAGGAGCCUCCACCAGUUUAAUCAAAAGCAUCGCCCGGGUAUCAGGGGGCACUGCACAGUUUAUCACAGGCAAGGACAGGAUGCAGACCAAGGCUCUUGGGUCUCUGAAGUUUGCUCUAAACUCUUCAGUGACUGACAUCUCUCUGAAAUGGGAUUUGCCAGAUGGCUUGUCAGCUAACGUGCUUUCCCCAAAGCAGACUGUCAUCUUUAGGGGUCAGAGGUUAAUCAUCUAUGCCCAAUUGACUGGGACUAUGCCUAAAGUGGAGAGCUCAGGAGAAGUAUGCCUCAAGUAUACCCUUCAAGGCAAAGGUCUUAAAAACAGAGUGACAUUUUCCCUACAGCCCAAGGCAAAUGCUAGCUUCACCAUUCAUCGGUUGGCUGCAAAAUCAUUGAUUCAGACCAAGGACUUGGGCUCCCACGAGACUUCAAAAGGAGAAGAGAAGGAUGUGGUGAACAUCAGCAUUCAGUCUGGGGUCCUCAGCUCCUUCACAGCUUUCAUUGCCAUAAACAAGGAGCUCAAUCAGCCAGUGCAGGGGCCUCUAGCUCACAGAGUGAUUCCAACCCCAAAUUUGUAUAAUUCUUUGUCUACACAGGGAUGUAGGUCUCGUUUCCACCUACCUGUCCUGGGUGCAUCAAACGCCUUACAUCGACUACGUGGACUGAAUGAUCGUGCAUCCCAUGUACCAUUGAUGGCGAGUGAAUGUCUUGGCGGAAUGAUAAGGUCAUAUUCUUCUGCCAAGAAAACUACCUUUCCAAUCUCAAGGGAUAAACUAUCUGAUGUCUCUCAAGGUUUUGAAGAAAGUGUUGUUCUGCAGCUGAUUUCACUCCAAAAGGCAAAUGGCUCCUGGGAGCUGGGUGAGAAUCUGACCAAAAUCCUGGGCACUAAUUUGGAAGACAUCAAGGCUGCAAACCCUGCCAAGGAUGGAGACCCAUCAGUGUGGGCCACAGUACUGGCUGUCCUCUGGCUGCAUGGCAAUGGCAAGGACUUGAAGUGUGAGUGGGAGCUUCUGGAAAGGAAGGCUGUGGCCUGGCUUCAUGACCAUGCAGGUUCCUCCAUCUCGAUGCUUGUGCAAGCUGGCAAUAAUCUUCUGAAGUUACCUGUGACCCCAGCUGUCUUUGGCUUCUGAUGAUGCCACCCAUGAUCAAGAGUGUUUUCUGGCUACUACCAAUUCCCUCACGUUCUCUUUGGCUGAGAUAGCUUUUGGGUUCUAUCUUUACCUUCUUUUUUCUUGUUAUAACAUUAAAGGACUUCCCCACAACCUUGCUUAUCCAUUUCAAGCACCUUUGGAUCUGAUCUUCUGCCCUCAUCCCUUCCUCUGUGAGAAGUUAUUAUGGUCCCCUAACAUGUUUUCUUCAAUACAACUUCUAUUUUAUUCAUAUGCAGAAUGACAUUUGAAGUUUUCCAGAGAAAUUACAAUUAAAUAGGUGGCAUAUAGUCUUGAGUAGCACUGUAGCAUUGAUCCUGGGCAAUGCUUAAAUUAAUAAUCUGAAUUAUUGUUAUCCACUCAGUUUUGUUCUUGCAUUAUUGAGGAUCAUAUUAGUAUGCUUAUGUUCACAAGAGCAGUUAUUGGAUGAAAGUUGAAAAUCAACAUCAAUACAACAAAUACAGUGAUAUAACAAAGAGAUAGACCAAAGUCAUACACUGCCCAUUUCAGAACUGCUAUGAAGAUCUUGAAUUGAUUCCGUUUAUGUUUUCGACUAUAUUACAUGUCUUUAUUUCUGUUUUCUAACUACUUUGGUUUAACUAAUACUAGGAGAUUAGUGUUUCUACAUAAGUUGUAAACACCUUGUAAGUUGGCUGUGUGUCCUCAGAAUUAGACUGUGCUGAGAUUCCUAGCUAGGCUCAAGGCAAGUAUUAGAAAAGAACAUUUGCUAUGGUUGAAAAUAAAGAAUAAAGCUAGGAUUUAAAAUUA